CAGGCGCAGGCGCAGACCGUCCAGCGACGCUGCCAGUCUUCUUCCUUUGGUGCAGCCUAGCGGUACCAGCUGGGCGCUUUUGAACCGGAAGAGGGACGGCGUGCGUGGAAAACCAGCUGCGGGCCCCGUGCACGCGGGAAAAGGCGAAGCGACCUGGGUUUGCAUUGGCAGGCAGCGUGCAACGGUGGGAAUGUAAGCUCCGAAAUCUUAAACCAUGAGUCUAGCACUUAAUGAUCUGCUCAUUUGCUGCCGGCAGUUAGAACAUGAUAGAGCCACAGAACGAAGGAAAGAAGUGGAGAAAUUUAAGCGCCUGAUUCAGGAUCCUGAAACAGUUCAAAAUUUAGAUAGGCAUUCAGAUUCCAAACAAGGAAAAUAUUUGAAUUGGGAUGCUGUUUUCAGGUUUUUGCAGAAGUAUAUCCAAAAAGAAACAGAAUGUCUGAGAACAGCAAAAUCAAAUGUGUCAGCCUCCACACAAACCUCCAGACAGAAAAAGAUGCAAGAGAUCAGCAGCCUGGUCAGAUACUUCAUCAAAUGUGCAAAUAAAAGAGCACCCAGGCUAAAAUGUCAAGACCUCUUGAAUUAUGUCAUGGAGACAGUGAAAGAUUCAUCUCAUGGUAUAACUUAUGGAGCUGACUGUAGCAACAUACUACUUAAGGACAUUCUUUCCGUGAGAAAAUACUGGUGUGAAAUAUCUCAGCAACAGUGGCUAGAAUUGUUUUCUGUGUACUUCAGGCUGUAUCUCAAACCAUCACAAGACAUUAAUAGAGUCUUAGUGGCUAGAAUAAUUCAUGCUGUCACCAGAGGCUGUUGUUCACAGACGAAUGGAUUACCUUCAAAGUUUCUGGAUUUUUUUUCCAAGGCUAUUCAGUCUGCAAGACAAGAGAAGAGCUCUCCCGGCUUAAGUCAUAUCUUAGCAGCCCUUAUCACUUUCCUCAAGACUUUGGCUGUCAACUCCCGAAAACGGGUGUGUGAACUAGGAGAUGACAUUCUUCCUACCUUACUGUAUAUUUGGACUCAACAUAGACUCAACGAUUCUUUAAAAGAAGUAAUUAUUGAACUAAUUCAGGUGCAGAUCUAUAUCCAUCAUCCACAAGGAGCCAAAGAUCCUGAAAAAGGUGCUUAUGAAUCAAUGAAAUGGAAAAGUAUCUUGUACAACUUAUAUGACCUGCUGGUGAAUGAGAUAAGUCAUAUCGGAAGUAGAGGAAAAUAUUCUUCAGGGUCUCGUAAUAUUGCAGCCAAGGAAAAUUUGAUUGACUUGAUGGCAGAUAUCUGUCACCAGCUUUUUAACACAGAUACCAGAUCUGUGGAGAUUUCUCAAUCAUAUACCACACAAAGAGAAUCCACUGAUGACAGUGUACCUUGCAAAAAAAGAAAAAUAGAAAUAGGCUGGGAAGUGAUAAAAGAUUAUCUUCAGAAGUCACAGAAUGAUUUUGAUCUUGUGCCUUGGCUACAGAUUACAACUCGAUUAAUAUCAAAGUAUCCUUCCAGUUUACCUAACUGUGAGCUCUCUCCAUUAAUACUGAUACUGUACCAGCUUUUACCUCAACAGCGGCGGGGAGAACGCACUCCAUAUGUGUUACGAUGCCUUACGGAAGUUGCCUUAUGUCAAGGAAAGAAGUCAAACCUAGAAAGUUCUCAAAAGUCAGAUUUAUUGAAACUGUGGAUUAAAAUUUGGUCUAUUGCUUUUCGUGGUAUAAAUUCUGAACAAACACAAACUGAAAACUUUGGUUUACUUGGGGCCAUUAUUCAAGGUAGUUUAGUUGAACUCGACAGAGAAUUCUGGAAGUUAUUCACUGGCUCAGCCUGUAAACCUUCAAGCCCUUCAGUAUGCUGUUUGACUUUGGCACUUAGCAUCUGUGCAGUUCCAGAUGCAGUAAAAAUGGGAACAGAACAAAGUGUGUGUGAAGUAAAUAGAAGUUUUUCUUUAAAGGAGUCAAUAAUGAGAUGGCUCCUGUUCUACCAGUUAGAGGAUGACUUAGAAGACAGCACAGAACUGCCUCCAAUUCUCCAGAGUAAUUUUCCUCAUCUUACACUGGAAAAAAUUCUUGUAAGUCUCACUAUGAAAAACUCUAAAGCGGCAAUGAAGUGUUUUCAAAGUGUACCAGAAUGUGAACAGCACUGCCAAGUUAGAGAGGAGCCUCCAUUUUCAGAAGUAGAAGAACUGUUUCUUCAGACAACUUUUGACAACAUGGAUUUUUUAACCACCAUGAAAGAAUGUGAUGUAGAAAAAUUUCAAUCUAGUGUUGGCUUUUCUGUUCACCAAAAUCUCAAAGAGUCAUUGGAUCAUUAUCUUCUGGGAUUAUCAGAACAACUUCUAAAUAAUUACUCAUCUGAGAUUACAAGUUCAGAAACACUUGUCCGGUGUUCAGGUCUUUUGGUGGGCGUUCUUGGCUGCUAUUGUUACGUGGGUAUAGUAACGGAAGACGAAGCAUUUAAGUCAGAGUUAUUCCAGAAGGCCAAGUCUCUAAUGCAGUGUGCAGGAGAAAGCAUCUCUCUGUUUAAAAACAAGACAAAUGAAGAAUCUAGAAUUGCUUCAUUGAGAAAUGUGAUACAUCUGUGUACCAGUUGCUUGUGUAGAGAUACCAAGCACAAUCCAAACAAGAUUGCAUCUGUUUUUUUCUUACGAUUAUUAACAUCAAAACUUAUGAAUGACAUUGCAGAUAUUUGUAAAAGUUUAGCAUCCUGUAUGAAAAAGCCAUUUGAUUAUGGAGAAGUGCAUUCAGUGAAAGAUGAUACUGAUGAGAACCUAAUGGAGGCACAGGGCCCGUCAUCUGCAGGUCUAUUCGGUGGUUACCCGGCUAGUACUGUGAGUGACGCAAAUGAUCCUGGAGAGAACCAGAAUACUAUCGGUGCCAUGAAUCCUUUAGCUGCUGACUACUUGUCGAAGCAAGAUCUUCUUCUUUUAGACAUGCUUAGGUUUUUAUGUCUGUGUGUAACUGCAUCUCAGAGCAAUACUGUAUCUUUUAGAGGAGCUGAUAUUAGAAGAAAAUUGUUAAUGCUGCUUGAUUCUAGCACACUGGAUCUUACUAAGCCCCUCCACCUGCAUGUGUACUUAGUGCUUCUGAAGGAUCUCCCUGGAAAAGAGCGUUCAUUGCCAGUGGAAGAUGUUGCUGAACUUCUGAAACCAUUAUCCCUUGUAUGUUCUCUGCAUCGUCGUGACCAAGAUGUUUGUGAGGCGAUUUUAAGCAACGUUCUUCAUAUAGUGACAAACCUAGGCCAGGGCAUUGUGGACACCGAGAGCUCAAGAAAUGCUCAAGGACAGUUUCUGACGGUGAUUGGAGCAUUUUGGCAUCUAACAAAGGAGAAGAAAUGUAUAUUCUCUGUAAGAAUGGCAUUAGUCAAGUGUCUUCAAGCUCUGCUUGAGGCUGAUCCAUACUGCAAAUGGGCGAUUCUUAAUGUAAAGGGACAAGACUUUCCCGUAAAUGAAGUAUUUCCACAAUUUCUUGCCGAUGAGCAUCAUCAAGUUCGGAUGUUGGCUGCAGGGUCAGUCAGCAGAUUAUUUCAGGAUAUGAAUCAAGGAGAUUCCUCCAGAUGCUUGAAAGCACUUCCUUCGACGUUUCAGCAAGCAGCUUUUAAAAAUGCAUACAGGAAAGCAGAGGCAGGAAUAAGAGAAGUGUUAUGUGAUACUCAGAACCCCGAUCUUCUGGAUGAGAUUUAUAACAGAAAAUCUGUCUUACUCAUGAUGAUAGCUGUGGUCUUGCACUGUAGCCCUAUCUGUGAAAAACAGGCUUUGUUUGCCUUGUGUAAAUCUGUGAAGGAAAAUGGAUUAGAACCUCACCUUGUGAAAAAGGUUUUAGAGAAAGUCUCUGAAUCGUUUGGAUGCAGAUGUUUAGAAGACUUCAUGGCUUCUCAUCUGGAUUACCUGGUUAUGGAAUGGCUGAACCUUCAAGAUACUGAAUACAACUUAGCUUCUUUUCCUUUUAUUUUACUAAACUAUAAAAGUGUUGAGGAUUUUUAUAGAUCUUGUUACAAGAUUUUGAUUCCACACUUGGUGAUUAGAAGCCAUUUUGAUGAGGUGAAGUCCAUGGCUAAUCGGAUUCAGAAGAGCUGGAGGAGUCUGCUGACAGAAUGCUUCCCGAAGAUUCUUGUGCACAUCCUUCCUUACUUCGCCUACGAGGGCACAGGAGACAGCGGCAUGGCACAGAGGAGAGAGACUGCCACCCAGGUCUAUGACACACUCAAGAGAGAAGACUUACUAGGAAAACAGAUUGAUCAAAUAUUCAUUAGUAAUUUACCAGAGAUUGUGGUGGAGUUGCUUAUGACGUUACAUGAAACAGCUGAUUCUGAUGCCAGUCAAAGCACUGCACUCUGUGAUUUUUCAGGGGAUUUGGAUCCUGCUCCUAAUCCACCAUAUUUUCCAUCACAUGUUAUUAAGGCAACAUUUGCCUACAUCAGUAACUGUCAUAAAACCAAGUUUAAAAGCAUUUUAGAAAUUCUUUCUAAGAUCCCUGAUUCCUAUCAGAAAAUUCUUCUGGCCAUUUGUGAACAAGCAGCUGAGACAAAUAAUAUCUAUAAAAAGCACAGAAUUCUUAAGAUAUAUCACUUGUUUGUUAGUUUAUUACUGGAAGAUAUAAAAAGUACCUUGGGAGGAGCUUGGGCUUUUGUUCUCCGAGAUGUUAUUUAUACUUUGAUUCACUAUAUCAACAAAAGACCUUCUCAUUUCACAGAUGUGUCGUUGCGCAGCUUUUCCCUUUGCUGUGACCUGUUAAGUCGAGUUUGUCAGACAGCUGUAACUAACUGUAAGGAUGCUCUAGAAAACCAUCUUCAUGUUAUUGUUGGCACACUUAUACCCCUUGUGGAUUGUCAGGAGGUUCAAGAACAGGUGCUGGACCUGUUGAAGUACUUAGUGAUCGACAACAAGGACAACAAGAACCUCUCUGUCAUCAUUAAGCUUUUGGAUCCUUUUCCUGACCAUGUUGUUUUUAAGGAUUUGCGGCUUACUCAACAGAAAAUCAAAUAUAGUGGAGGAACUUUUUCGCUCUUACAGGAGAUUAACCAUUUCCUGUCAGUAAGUGCUUACAAUCCACUUCCACUCACCAGGCUUGAAGGACUGAAGGAUCUUCGACGGCAGCUGGCACAGCAUAAGGAGCAGAUGCUAGAUCUUAUGAGAGUGUCGCAGGAUGACCCACAAGAUGGCAUUGUGGUGAGGCUGGUUGUCAGCUUGUUGCAGUUAUCCAAGAUGGCGGUGAACCAGACUGGCGAAAGAGAAGUUUUAGAGGCUGUUGGAAGGUGUUUGGGAGAAAUAGGUCCUCUGGAUUUCUCUACUAUAGCUGUACAGCAUAACAAAGAUACGUCGUAUCUGGAAGCCCACAGGUUACCUGAAGAUAAACAACUUCAGUGGACCUUGAUAAUGCUAACUGCCCUGAACAAUGCUCUGGUAGAGGACAGUGUCAAAAUUCGAUCAGCUGCUGCUACCUGUUUGAAAAACAUUUUGGCUACAAAGACUGGACAUAAUUUCUGGGAGACUUACAAGACAUCAGCAAAUCCCAUGCUGACCUAUCUACAGCCUUUCAGAACAUCAAGGAAAAAGUUUUUGGAAGUACCCCGAUUUGCUAAAGAAGAUGUUUUAGAAAGCCUGGACGAUGUGAAUCUGUGGGUUCCUCAAGGUGAAAGUCAUGACAUCUGGAUAAAGACGCUGACAUGUGCCUUUUUGGACAGUGGAGGCAUACAGAGUGAAGUUCUUCAGUUAUUAAAGCCAAUGUGUGAAGUGAAAACUGACUUUUGUCAGACUGUGCUGCCAUACUUGAUCCAUGAUGUUUUACUCCAAGACUCACACGAAUCGUGGCGAACUCUGCUGUCUACGCAUGUCCGAGGGUUUUUCACUAGCUGUUUUAAACAUUCCUCACAAGCAAGCCGAUCAGCAACUCCUGCCAACUCGGACUCAGAGUCCGAGCACUUUCCCCGAUGCUGUUUGGACAGAAGGUCACAGAGGACAAUGCUUGCUGUUGUCGACUAUUUGAGAAGGCAGAAGAGGCCCUCUUCAGGGACAGCUUUUGAUGAUGCCUUCUGGCUGGACUUGAACUAUCUUGAGGUGGCAAAGGUGGCUCAGUCUUGUGCUGCUCACUUCACAGCACUGCUCUAUGCAGAGAUCUACUCAGAUAGGAAGAGCAUGGACGAGCAAGAGCGCAGAAGUCCAGCAUUUGAAGAAGAAAGUCAAGGUACAACUAUUUCGAGUUUGAGUGAAAAAAGUAAAGAAGAAACUGGAAUAAGCUUACAGGAUCUUCUCUUAGAGAUCUACAGAAGUAUAGGAGAGCCCGACAGCCUGUAUGGCUGUGGUGGAGGGAAAAUGUUACAACCCCUUACUAGAAUACGGACAUAUGAACAUGAAGCCAUGUGGGGGAAAGCCUUAGUAACAUAUGACCUGGAGACCACAAUCUCCUCCUCAACCCGCCAGUCGGGAAUAAUUCAGGCCUUGCAGAAUUUGGGGCUCUCCCAUAUUCUUUCUAUCUAUUUAAAAGGAUUAGAUCAAGAAAAUAGAGAGUGGUGUGCUGAGCUGCAGGAACUUCAUUACCAAGCAGCGUGGAGGAGUAUGCAGUGGGACCUCUGCAGCUCUGCCGACCAAGAACUAGAAGGAGCCAGUUACCACGAGUCAUUGUAUAAUGCUCUGCAGUCUCUAAGAAACAGCGAAUUCUGCACAUUUUAUGAAAGUCUCAGAUAUGCCAGAGUGAAAGAAGUUGAGGAGCUGUGUAAGGGCAGCCUUGAAUCUGUGUAUUCUCUGUAUCCCACACUCAGUAGACUGCAGGCACUUGGAGAACUGGAAAAUAUUGGAGAGCUCUUCUCAAGGUCAGUCACAGACAGAGAGCUCUCUGAAGUGUACUUGAAGUGGCAGGAGCACUCCCAGCUCCUGAAGGACAGCGACUUCAGUUUUCAGGAGCCUCUCAUGGCUCUACGCACAGCCAUUCUGGAACUCCUGGUACAAAAGGAGGUGGAGAGCUCGCAGGGAGGAUGCUGUAAGGACAUUCUCACCAGACACCUUGUUGAGUUCUCUAUUCUAGCCCGAACCUUCAAGAACACCCAGCUCCCUGAAAGAGCCAUAUUUAAAAUUAAGCAAUAUAAUUCAGCUAUCUGUGGAGUCUCUGAGUGGCACUUGGAAGAAGCACAAGUGUUCUGGGCCAAAAAGGAGCACAGUCUUGCCCUGAAUAUUCUCAAGCAAAUGAUCAAGAAGUUGGACUCCAGCUUUAAGGAGAAUGGUGCUGGUCUAAAAGUCAUAUAUGCAGAGUGUCUGAGGGUUUGUGGCAACUGGCUGGCAGAAACUUGCUUAGAAAACCCUGCGGUCAUCAUGCAUACCUACCUAGAAAAGGCAGUGAAGGUUGCUGGAAGUUAUGAUGCCAAAAGCAGUGAGCUCAGAAAUGGACAGAUGAAGGCGUUUCUGUCAUUAGCGCGGUUCUCUGAUACUCAAUACCAAAGAAUUGAAAACUACAUGAAGUCAUCAGAAUUUGAAAACAAGCAAAUUCUCUUAAAAAGAGCCAAAGAAGAAGUAGGCCUUCUAAGGGAACAUAAAAUUCAGACUAACAGGUACACGGUAAAGGUUCAGCGAGAACUGGAGCUGGAUGAGUGCGCUCUCCGUGCUCUGAAGGAAGACCGCAAGCGCUUCCUGUGUAAAGCGGUGGAGAACUACAUCAGCUGCUUACUCAGUGGGGAGGGGCACGACACGUGGGUGUUCCGGCUUUGCUCUCUCUGGCUUGAAAACUCCGCAGUUCCUGAAGUCAAUGGCAUGAUGAAGAAAGAUGGAAUGAAGAUUUCAUCAUAUAAAUUUUUACCUCUUAUGUAUCAAUUGGCUGCUAGAAUGGGGACCAAAAUGAUGGGAGGCCUAGGGUUUCAUGAAGUCCUCAAUAAUCUGAUCUCUAGGAUUUCAAUGGAUCACCCCCAUCAUACUUUGUUCAUCAUAUUGGCCUUAGCAAAUGCAAACAAAGAUGAAUUUUUGAGCAAACCAGAGACAGCAAGAAGGAGUCGAAUAACCAAAAAUGCACCUAAAGAAAGCUCUCAGCUUGAUGAGGAUCGAACAGAGGCUGCAACCAAAAUAAUCCACACCAUCAGAAGUAAGAGAUGUAAGAUGGUGAAGGACAUGGAGGUGCUCUGCGACGCCUACAUUAUCCUGGCCAACUUGGAUGCCUCUCAGUGGCGGACUCAGAGAAAAGGCAUCAGUAUCCCAGCAAACCAGCCAAUCACUAAGCUGAAGAACUUAGAAGAUGUUGUUGUUCCCACGAUGGAAAUUAAGGUCGAUCCCACAGGAGAGUAUGAAAAUCUGGUGACUAUAAAAUCAUUUAAAACAGAAUUUCGCUUAGCAGGAGGUUUAAAUUUACCAAAAAUAAUUGAUUGUGUGGGUUCUGAUGGCAAAGAAAGGAGACAGCUUGUCAAGGGCCGUGAUGACCUGAGGCAGGAUGCUGUCAUGCAGCAGGUGUUCCAGAUGUGCAAUACACUGCUUCAGAGAAACACUGAGACUAGAAAGAGGAAACUGACUAUCUGCACAUACAAGGUGGUUCCGCUCUCUCAGCGAAGCGGUGUUCUUGAGUGGUGCACAGGAACCGUCCCUAUUGGUGAAUAUCUUGUUAACAACGAAGAAGGUGCUCACAAAAGAUACAGGCCAAAUGAUUUCAGUGCAUAUCAGUGCCAAAAGAAAAUGAUGGAAGUGCAAAAGAAAUCUUUUGAAGAGAAAUAUGAUACCUUCAUGACCAUUUGCCAGAACUUUGAACCAGUUUUCCGUUACUUCUGCAUGGAAAAAUUCUUGGACCCAGCUGUUUGGUUUGAGAAACGAUUGGCAUAUACGCGUAGUGUGGCCACGUCUUCUAUUGUUGGUUACAUCCUUGGACUUGGUGAUAGGCAUGUACAGAAUAUCUUGAUAAAUGAGCAAUCAGCAGAACUUGUACACAUAGAUUUGGGAGUGGCUUUUGAACAGGGGAAGAUCCUGCCCACUCCAGAAACAGUUCCUUUCAGACUCAGCAGAGAUAUUGUGGAUGGCAUGGGCAUCACUGGUGUAGAAGGUGUCUUCAGAAGAUGCUGUGAAAAAACAAUGGAAGUUAUGCGCAGUUCUCAGGAAACUCUGAUAACCAUUGUAGAGGUCCUUUUGUACGAUCCACUCUUUGACUGGACUAUGAAUCCUUUAAAGGCUUUGUAUUUACAGCAGAGGCCAGAAGAUGAAACUGAGCUCCACUCUACUCCCAAUGCAGAUGACCCAGAAUGCAAACGAAGCCUAAGUGAUAUUGACCAGAGUUUCAACAAAGUAGCUGAACGCGUCUUGAUGAGACUGCACGAGAAGCUGAGAGGCGUGGAGGAAGGCACUGUGCUCAGUGUGGGUGGGCAAGUGAACUUGCUCAUCCAGCAGGCGGUGGAUCCCAAAAACCUCAGCCGACUUUUCCCGGGCUGGAAAGCUUGGGUGUGACCGUCAGCACGGGGAUUACCCUUAAACUCAGACUUCAGAAAUUACAUCUCGCCCACCAUAUUUGGAUAGGAAUAACUGCUUUUGAACCAGUUUUCUACCUGAUUCAUCACCACCAAAAUAUUAGUAUUUCUGUUCUAGUGUGCUAGAAGUAAUAGCUACUCAGGAUCUACUCCUAGGGUACGUGGUACCUCUUAGGAUCAUGCUUUGUUACCGCAGUGGGAGCAGCAAUAUACUCCAGAACUGCAGACAGUAGGAGCAGCAGAGUGAGCUUUGUUUGUGUGUGCACUAAGACAGGUUCAUAACUUCUGCUUUGAACAAUCUUUACUUAAAGCGUGUUUCCUAGAGUGUGUGUGUGUGUGUGUGUGUUUGUCACACAGGAAUAAUGGAGUACUUCAUAAUACCAUAAGAAAGGGCUUCUUUAAAAUUAUGAUUGUCAGUAUGUCAUAGGAAACCCACAUUAAAAUGAAUGUUGGGCUGGAGUAUGGCUUAGUGUAGAAUAUGUGCCUAACCUGUAUGAGGCCCCAUGUUCAAGAGCAGAAUUGCAGAUUAAAGAGGGGGCGGGAAAGCAUGUUGAAAGCAAAGUAGUAUAGGUUGAACAUCCUUAAUUGCAGAAUCCAAACCAUGAGAUGUUUUGGUGUCCAAAACUUUGUGACAUUGGGCACAUUUCAGACUUUCGGAUUAGGUACAGGGUUAGUCGUAGCUUGCAGUCUGCACAAAUGUCCAACACCAGAAGCAGCUCUGGUCCUCAAUACUUUCAGGAGGGGACACUGCCUAAGCCUGC